GAGCUGGCCAGUGCUGAGGGGCCGGGCCCGGGGCUCGGCCGGGGAGUUUCAGUCAGCGCCGGAGCCUUGGGAACCCAGUGCAACUCCCAGCCCAACGCCGAGCAGCUCAGCCUAGCUCAGCUUGUCCCGGCCCGGCCCGGCCCGGGCCAUGACAGCCUCCGCCUCUGGGGAGCCGCCCCUGGCGGAGCUGCGGGCCCCGCGCUGGCCCUGAGCGCGCCCAUGGAGCGGGACGAGCGGCCGCAGAGCGGCGCCGGAGGCUCCUCCGCUUCUCCAGAGCCGCCCCUGGCCCCGGCCCCUGCGGCGGCUCCGGCAGCAGCCCCGGCACCGCGCAACGGGUUCUGUCAGGAUGACUCAGUUGAUCACGACCCAACUAAUAUUUCUGUUCCAGAUGAUCGAGCUGAACAGCGAACCUGCCUUAUCUGUGGAGACAGAGCUACAGGGUUGCACUAUGGUAUCAUUUCCUGUGAAGGCUGCAAAGGGUUUUUCAAGAGGAGCAUUUGUAAUAAGCGGGUAUACAGAUGCAGUCGUGACAAGAAUUGUGUCAUGUCCCGGAAACAGCGGAAUCGAUGUCAGUAUUGCCGCCUGCUCAAGUGCCUGCAGAUGGGGAUGAACAGGAAAGCAAUCAGAGAAGAUGGCAUGCCAGGGGGCAGGAACAAAAGCAUCGGGCCUGUCCAGAUAUCAGAGGAAGAGAUUGAAAGAAUUAUGUCUGGGCAAGAAUUUGAGGAAGAGGCAAACCACUGGAGCACCAAUGGAGACAGUGACCACAGUUCCCCUGGCAACGGAGUUUCUGAAAGCAACCAGCCUUCACCAGUUUCUACACUGUCCUCAAGUAGGUCUGUGGAGCUGAAUGGAUUCACUGCUUUCAGAGAGCAGUACAUGGGUACUCCGGUACCCCCACACUAUCAGUAUAUACCGCACCUUUUUAGCUAUUCCGCUCACUCGCCUCUGCUGCCCCCCCAAGCCCGGAGCCUGGACCCCCAGUCCCACAGCCUGAUCCAUCAGUUGGUGCUUGCUGAGGACCUGGAACCCUUGGGCACACCCAUGUUGAUUGAAGACGGGUACACUGUAACUCAAGCUGAGCUGUUUGCGCUGCUGUGUCGCCUGGCAGAUGAGCUGCUGUUCAGGCAGAUUGCUUGGAUCAAGAAGCUGCCAUUCUUCUGUGAGCUCUCCAUCAAGGACUAUACCUGCCUCCUGAGCUCCACAUGGCAGGAGCUCAUUCUGCUGUCAUCCCUCACCGUGUACAGCAAACACAUCUUUGGGGAGCUGGCAGAUGUGACCUCCAAGUACUCACCCUCUGAUGAGGAGCUGCACAGAUUUAGUGAAGAAGGGAUGGAGGUGAUGGAGCGACUGAUCUACCUGUAUCGCAAGUUUCACCAGCUGAAGGUCAGCAACGAAGAGUAUGCUUGCAUGAAAGCCAUCAACUUCCUCAAUCAAGAUAUCCGGGGCCUGACAAAUGCCUCGCAGCUGGAGCAGUUGAACAAGCGGUAUUGGUAUAUUUGCCAGGAUUUCACUGAGUAUAAGUACCCUCACCAACCAAAUCGUUUUCCUGAUCUAAUGAUGUGUUUACCAGAGAUACGAUAUAUUGCAGGAAAGAUGGUGAAUGUGCCUCUGGAGCAGCUGCCGCUGCUUUUUAAAGCUGUUCUGCACUCCUGCAAGACAAGUGGGAGCAAGGAGUAAGCCCGCCCAGCCAGCUCCCUGCCUUGCGCCCCUGCCAGGGGAGCACGGGGCUCACGAGGAGAAAAAUAGGAGAGCCGAGACCAGGAUGGAGGCAGCCCAGCACUGCCCCUCUAGCAUGAAUCUUUUUUGUUUGUUUGUUGUUUUUUAAAAAACUCAUUUUCUAUAUAUUUAUUUCACGACAGAGUUGAAUGUAUGACCUUCAACACAAUGCACAUACUUCUGUAUGAAUUUAAAGAUGCAUUUCCUUGCAGUUUACAGAAUGUGAGAAUGUUUAAUGUUACAAUGUUGUCAUUAAUUAGGUCUUGUUCUUCUUUAUAUUUGAGGGGUGGGGGGGUGGGGGGAGCUAACUAUUUCAAUAGUGUUGACUAAGACUACCUCAAGGAAAAGGUGGUAUUCAAGUACUGACUUUUCCCUUAUUUUCUCAGCAGACCUCACAGGUUUGAGCCAGAGAGCAAACUGUCUUUUUCUACCAGCAAACGCUAAGCAAAUGUACACCCGCCAUCAGUCUUGGGAAAGUGGCUUGGGGCUUUUUUGUUGGUUAAUUUUUUCAGUUGAUAUAUUAAGCUAAGAAUCAAGGUGGGCAGAGCACAAUUUAGCCAGCUGGCCAGCUAGCUAAAUUCAUCUCUGGGAAUGAAGGCCUUUGAAAUUAUUUCAUCAUAAAAUCACUGGAUUUAGAGCCAGAAGGGAGCUUGGAGAUCCUCUGGUAACAGAAUAUUAGAGUUGGAAGGGAACUGAGAGACCAUCUAGCCCAGCCAGUACCUUAACCUACGUUUCCCUUGACAAUGUCCUCAACAAAUGGUCAUCCAGCUUCCACUUGUCCAACCCUGGGGUUUUAAAGAGGAAAAAGGAAGGAGCUUGUGGAGGGUCACACAGAUAUCAGGUAGCAAUGACAGUAUUAGACCCUGGGACUUCUUGACUCCAUAUCUAACAUUCUUGUCACUACACCACAUUGGAUCUCAAACUUUUCCCCAACUUCAAACUCCUCUCUCUUCAUUGAGGAGGAAGCUAAAGGCCAGGGAAGCAGAUGGGGGAAUUAAUCUGUACAAAUGAGUACUCCAGGUUCAAGAGUGCCAAGGCCUUCUCUUGAUAUCUCUGUUCAGGUGACCAUUUUAAACAGCCACCUUUCCAAAGAGAAGGGAAGGAGUUGGUACAGGAAGUCCUCCAAAGUCCUGCCUUCUCCACCAGAUUGGAGAUCUGAAGAGAGAGCUGCUCCUUCCUUGGCCUUGGAAUAUUCCAUUGCUUUCAUCAGAGCCUUGAUGAUGAUCAGCAAAUUUCAUUUCAAUAAGACGCAACAAACAUUUAAGUGACUCCUUUGUUCAGAACUCUGGGUUGAAGAUCUGGGAAAAGACCAGGUUUAAAUCAGACACCACACCUGCCAUUCAUCACAUUCAUAGUCUAGAUGCCAAAGUAAAAUGUUAUCUAAGUGAAUGAGAGAGGAGAAGAACAGGAUGCUUUGCAGGCAUCACCCUGGUCACCCAACAAACAUUGAUUAAAUGCCUUCAAGGCCUCCUUCCAGACCCUAGGGAUAACCAGCUUGAUAGGACACCAACCCUGCAGUGGCAUGGAUAAGGACUGUCCCAGGUAAAACAUCAGCCUGUCUCACUGGUCUGGUGUGGAAUGGCUAACCAUUCUGUCACCAAAACUUUUCUAACCCUUUCCCCUUCUUCUUCAUGUCUCCAAACCUACACGUUUUUUUUUUCUCUCGCUGGAAAUGUCAGAGUUGUGGUAGGCAGUUAAAAGGACCAGUUGAUCAUAGGCACUGAGACAAGGCUCAGGUACUCUAGAACCUUGAAACUGAUUCUUUCCCCUUUCUUCACUGUUGCUUCCUCUACUUUGGAAUGGUAUGAAAUGUUAGAAGACCAAGGAUGCUUUUCCUCCACUACCCCCUAGGCCCUGUAUUUAACGUGGGAGGGGAGCAAUUCAGAGCAAUAGGAUAGGCCUACCUGUACUGUCUGUGACUGCUCUGAGUGGAUUUAGAAAGGACUUUUCUCCAAGGCCUUAGAGCUAUCUGUACCAUCCAGGAGGCCUGCCUCUCGUUUCCUAAUGAGGUUGAAAAGAUACACAAAGAUGGAACCAGGUUCCCUUCAAGCACUAGGACUUGAGAUGAGAAAAUAUGUCUCCAGAUGAAAUGUACUGCCUUAAAAGGUGGUGAAUUCCCUUAUCAAUUAUUUGUACAGAGAUUGGAUGCCUAUUUGGGGGUACCUGGGAGGGGACUUCAGAUCAAAACUGAACUAGAUGCACUCGGAGAUCUCUUCCAACUCUACAGUUCUGUGAAUCGGGCCAGUUAGCCCUAACCAAUGUUUACCAUGCUACUGUCCUGCUAAAUGCCCUGGCCAGGGAGGUGUGACUCUCUAAACUACCUCACAUAUUUUCAGGAAAGAUCACACCCUCUGUGAGCUGGGACUAAUAGACUUGGGAGCUGCCCAAAGGUUCUGGGGUGAUGAUUUGUCCCAGGCCCUAAACUAGCCCAGUUUCCAUGCAUACUCAGGCUAGGCCUUCCCUGUGUGAACCUGGGCUAAUGGAAACCUGUUCAGUAGAAGGCCAUGUUUGCUCUCUUGCUCAGUCUUGCAAAUCUUCCCAGGUGACCUGUUCCUCUUUUCUGGGUAGUCUGUUUUGGCCUUUAAUCCUUUGUAAUGGAUUGAGACGUUACGGGUAUAUAACCGCUGCUGGGACCAGCAGAGCUAUCAUGUUAUAUUUCUCCCUGGAUUGGAAAAUUAGAGUUUCCCCAAUAGCAUGUGUUCCCCAAAUCCAGUAAGCACGUAUGGCUCAGUAUCACCUCUUACGUGUGUGUAUGUAUACAAAUAUGCAUGUGUAUGUGUGAAUAUACAUGUAUAUAUAUAUGCAUAUCCAUAUCUGUAUAUGUGUAUAUCCACAUACAUUUCCAUGCAUCAUCAGGAUAAAUCCUGCCUCCACAACAUCGUGAGUGGCAGUGGCCAAAUGUGUUUAUCUACCUUGAUGGUCAGCCUUCUGGCCACUUGGCCUGGUACUCCAGUGAUGAACACAGUUUGUUUCUGGGCCCAUCCUUGAAGCCUUUUCCACACAGGCCAAUCAGAACUUGAGUGCUGGUGGCAGCCGUUAAGGGCCCAGGGUCCCCUCCAUCCCACAAGUGGGUUUCAGAAGGGGACCUUAGUAGAAAACACGAUGUAUAUGUGUAUAUUUCACGUGUACACUCACACCUGAUUAUCCAUGGGAAGAUUUCUGUUUGGUUUGUUUAUUUCUAAGCUCGAAAUGCUUUCCCCGUUUUCUUGACUUGAAUGUUGCGACUGUGAUCUCCUUGUAGGCAGGUUAGUGCUCUGCUCUUUUCCUCUCCGGGGCAGGAAGGGAAGGCCCUUAGCGGUUCUGAUCAUUAGUCCUGGUGAAUGGGCUCUGACGCUACCAGGGUCCCCACCUCACCUCCUUCGCAUUCUCAGUUGCUUUUCUUGUAAAACUGAGCUUUUGCUCUGUCUGCUUGCAAUUAUUCCCUAAUCAAUAAGAACCUACCAGCCCAAAUAAUGCAAUGUUUAACAGCACAGUGUUCAUUUUUAAAGGGAGGAGAAAGGUUCUGUGAGUUGCUUUUGUGCAAAUCCAUUUUUGCCAAAUGCCAAUUUACAGCAAAUUCCUUGAACAAAGGGCCUCUUCAUUCCCGAAAGGAGAAGAGUGGAGCAAAUUGUGUAAGCAAAUGACAAGGGUACCAAGCUGGAGUCUAACCUGUGGACAGCCGCUAAUGUCUUCUGCACCAAGUCCUUUGAAGACUUGUGUUUUUAAACAGGGUAAAGUGAAUGUGUUGCAUUGCAAACUCAGGUAUUAUGAUGAGAAGAUAGUGUAGCUAGCAAUGUAGAGACAUUAGGUCAGCCACUAGAUGUAUUUGUGAAUUUGGUUUUGAAGGACACAGUAUAAAGGUUGGAGGGUUGUAUGUGUGUGUGGGUGUGUGGGUGUGUGUCUUGCCAUUCUUCCCAUAAUGCAGGGAGCCUUUUUGCCAGUGGAAGAAAAAAUCUGUGUCUCAGAUCCCUCUCUUUUCUGUCACCUCUUAGACCUUUUGCCACCAACAGCCGUCACUUUCAACAAAAAUUUCCUGCAUGAAAAUACAGCUUUGAAAGCCUGAGGAGAAGAAAGCCAGUCUGCUUGAGCUGUGCUGAUUUUUUUGUUCUUUUAAUUUCCUUUGUCUUGAGCAAAGGUUUGGAACUUUAUUGCUCAUGCUUCAUGUCUGGUUCUGAGCCACUUUGGCCAGGGUCAAACUGUGGUGAUUAGAUAUCCUAACAAUGCCAUCUGCUAGGGUGAUACUUAGGUGUGCCUUCGACAUUCAAACCGGGGGUCUUGUCCUCCAGGGAUCACCACAGCAGUACCUAGUUUCCCCUGCCCAAAACACUCCACUGAGAAACUUAUAUCUUGCCUGCCUGUGGCUAGGCACCAAGGUGGCCGUAGGAAGAAAGAAUAAUAAUUAGUCCCACUUCUGCAGUAGUUUGAGCCCUAAGUGAUAGGGCAUACAUUUUACAAAUGAAGAAACUAAGGCCCAGAGAGAUCAUAGGGCAAUAAAUGUAGAUCUGGAAUGGACUUUAGAGGGUCUAUCUAAUCUGUUUCUCUUGAUUUAUGGUUGUGGAAACAGGCCCAGAGAGAAUAUAGUAAUUUGCUAUAAUAGCCUGUAUUUGAACCCAGAUUCUAUUUGCAAAUGCAUUGAACUCAGGCCACUCUAUAAAAUCAUAUAGGAAGUGGGAGAACUAGUCAGGAUUCGAAUCCAUGGCUCAUGAUUCCAUUGUUCCUUCUUCCCUGUUCCCCCCUACCCCCACGCUUUUCACAACUGCACUUCUGAUAAUCUUCUAACUGGGUCUUGCCCUCAAUCCUCCUUAGUAAUAGGAGAGAUUGAUUUUGGCAGAAGGGGUACCCAAGUCACUUUCCAAGCACUGCUAGAAUACUGUUGUGAGGUUGACACUCCCAGAUAACAAGGCCCUUGUUGUCUGACUCCUUUGCAUUCAGUCUCCUGAAGUCCUCCCCUGGGUGUGCCUUGGCCAGGAGGGCAUUCCUCUUUUCCCCCACCCCUUCAUAAUCUGACAAAUGAAGUUUGAGAACCAUCCAAUAGUAAUGCUGCAAUCCUGGGCAAGGACUUUAAAACCCCAGGAAAUAGAGAACUGCCUUACAAAACCUCAUAUUUCCUGGCUUUAUGUUUUUAAUUUCCUUGGGGGAUGGGUGGGUUUAAACAAUCAAGUGAUUUAAAAAAAAAGUCAAACCCAUCUGCUUCUCAGGUAUCGAUGAACCUAUAACCUGUUAGGACCCUUACCUCAACCCCAUCCUCCAAUUGGCCAGUAUCUCUUGUCCAAGCCUCAAAGGGGCCAUGUACUGUAACUUACUCUUGUAAGCCUGAUCUGUGUUGCAAGAACCCUUCUAGUCCUAAUACUCUAUGAUUCGGAGGCUGAAUUCUACCAGCACGGACCACUUCUACCAUCUCUUGGUGUCAAUUACCCUUACUAUGAAAAUGGACUAGAAUCUAGAUAAUCUCUAAGGUCUCUUCUAUCCCUAAAAAUCUAUCAUCAGUGACUAUAUACAAAGGUGAAUUCCCAUAACCUAUUAAUUAAACCAUAUUAUCCGUGGGGAAAGGUGUCAAAACCCCAGGGUAUUUUGCAGAAUUCCCUUAAAUGUAUCAAGAUGUUUUUGCUGCUUUCUAGCAAAACUUGUGCUACUACCAUGACCUUACAUCAUGUAGAUGAGCAGUGGUUCCAAGUCUUUAGCUCAGAGUCAAUGUGGGCCUUCAGGCCCACUUGGCCCAACCCCUGAGCCUGUUGAUCUAAGUAAGGCUCCAGAGCCCCUUCCUACCUGUUUCCUAGCAAGGUAUGUGGGUGGCCAUCUUUCCACCUUCAUUUCAAUUUUAUAAAAUCUUGUGUUAAGUUCUUUAUCAAAUAACUUUUUUUCUUAAACUUAAAAUUUUUCUACCCCUAUUACCUUUUUUUUUUUAACUCCCCACACCACAAAAGAAGAAAAAAACCAAUAGAAUGAAACUACUCACUCUCCCACUCCAGGACCAUGCCCUUCAAUAUUGUUCGUCCUUUUCUCAUUUUUAUUUUGGCUGGAGGUUUCAAUGCCAACUAUCUGUAAAGAGGUUUCUGUGUCCUGAGAAAAAGUGGCUUUCUACUCUGGGAGAGGCGAAAGGAUAGAGGAAUGAGGGACUCAGGGACAGAAACUAAAGGCCAGUGCUGACGCUUCAGGCAUCUCAUGUUGUAGGGUUUCUGGGGGUGCCCUGUGUCAAGUGUGGCACAGGCAGAAGCUCAGGGAUAUAUAUAUUUAAAUACAGAACCCACAGAAACCCUCACCUUGAUGUGACUGCAAUGGAUGGCUUCUUUCCAAGGCUUUUCAGGUGCUUCAGAAUCAGGACAUGCUGCCUAGAUUUUCCCAAACCUAUUCUAAGCAAGAUCCGAGGGCUAUUUCAUAUCCUCUGUCUUCCAGGUGGGUUGGUUUGGUUUUAUGGGAAGAAUUGGAAUUUCUACAUUUGGUUUUUGGAAACUUCAGAUUCAAAGACCUUUGCAAUGGACUAGUAAGCUAGGUAGGAAGUUGUAGUUAUGCCUGGUCAAAGAUGUGGCAGUGUUGGGGAAAAUCCCAGGCAGGUAUGGAAAUACGUGAUGAACAUAUUUUUAGAACUCAACUUUUGUACUCUUUCCCUGGAGCUGGGACUCUUAGGAAAAAACCUUUGUUAGAGGACAGUGGGUUGUCUGCCUUUCCAGGGCCAGUCCUGUUCUAGCCAAGCACAAUGGGAUCUGAACCAAUGCAGGUGGAGGGCAUACCCAUCCCCAGCAGCAUCAGAAGGUCAGACCCAAAGUUAUCCAAUAAUCCCAAAGCUCUUAAGGGAGGCCAGGUUAAUUCCAAGAUCCCCCUGGAAAGCCUCAUGACUAGGGAAAAUUUUAAUUAGAAUUGCCAUCAGAUUUAAGUCCCUCCUCUUGGGUUUGAUCUUAGUAAACUUGUAAAAAUAAAGGCUCUCCUCAUUUUUGCCUCUUCCCUACAAGGCUCUCCUCCCUGAUAUUCCAGCUUGCAGGGCAGAUAUUAAAUAGUAACUCAUUUAUUAUGCAUGCCCUUUGAAAUGACCAAAUGCAGGAUAACUAAAUCAGCUAAGUGACUUAUCCACUGUCAUACAGCUAGCAAGUAUUAGAGCAGAGAUUCAAAUCCAAAUAUUCUGACUCUUUAGAUUAUACCAUAUUGCCUCCAAGUCUGAGGUUUGGAAAACAGCCUUUGUAUUUGUAAGGGGUUGAGUUUCUUGUGAGACCUCUCUCUCUCUCUCUCUCUCUCUCUCUCUCUCUCGCGCGCGCACACGCACACACACACACACACACACCCCUCCCUCUACCAGUCAACAUCAGGCCAAGACCACCAAGAGUGGGGGGAUAGCCACUCUUUCCUAGUCUAAGACAGUCCUUCAAAGCCUGUGAAAAAGCACCAUGCUAGUAUCAAUCACCCUUGGUUCCAAGCUGGUCACAAUAGUCAGCUUUAGCCCUGCUGGGUCCUUUUGUGAUUGUUUUUCUUUCUGUAAAAUGUCUUGUAAUAGUUGAUAACGUUGACUCAAAUUUCCAUACAAAACAAACUACCUCUUAUGUCUAAGGAUGUGUGGAGAAAGAAUACUGUGAUGUUGGUUCUGUUUACAUGUUUCUUUGGGGGGGGAGAAGGGAGAUAGGAAAUCCACUGUGGGGGAUGGAAAUGCUUUUUUCUGUGCUGCUGCUCUGGAGGUGAUAUGUUAUGAUGUCUGCUGAUUCUGUUUGCCCAAAAACAGGGUUCCUUCGUCUACCUAGACCACCUUCUUCCCCAGGAGUCCCCAUAACUCCAGGGCCUAGAGCAACUGGGCCCAACUCUUCUCAGGGAGAGAAGAUCUAGAUAGUGGGGGAAGGUAUCUGACUCUUUAUGAGCUAGGACUUCUAUCCCACCCUCUCCUGCCCCAGGGGCAGGCAUUCAGUCAGAAGCCAGCCAAGGUCUUUGAAACCAUCCUGAGCAGCCCCAUUAGCAGUGCUGGGCACUAACAGGGUUCUUUUAUGAAUCCGUUUCCGUAGAAAAUGUACCAAUGACCUUACUUCUACUGUGUUUACUUGGGUGGGCCCUUCCACUGUACACCUGUGACAGAUAAUGGGGAGAAACUCUGGACUGGACCCUGCCCCUGCCCCCCACCCCCCAUUGGUCUCUAGCCCUAGAUCUUGAUUUGCCCUUCACCUUGGCCUGUGGCCAGGCAGCCCACCCCUGGGGAUGGAUCUUGGCUCUCUGGAUCACCAGCUUUGGGUUGGUCAUCUCUCCUUGGAAGCUGCAUUGUGUUCCUCACUCCCAGGGUGGUCCCUUGUGUAAAAUCAGGCUUCUGGGUCAUCACCUCCCCAGAACCCACAGUGAGCAUGUCACAAUGAUGUGCCGUGGUGCAGGGCUGACCUCCCCAUCCCUACCCCCACCUUCAGGAACUUGUCCAAUUUCACUUAGACUGUGACCAAGCGAUUGUUGAGCAUUGCAGGCUGUAAGGCAGAUGGCCACAUUAGCCGCCACCUCCCUAUCCAGCCCUGCUCUGUGAAUUGACUACCUGUGGAAAUGUGACCAAUUAGUGUUUAGUGAGUGUUAGAUAUUUUAACUAAUAAACAUGAAUCAUUCUGCACACA